AUGGAGGCCAUUUGGCUGUACCAGUUCCGCCUGAUCGUCAUCGGGGACUCGACGGUGGGCAAAUCGUGCCUGAUCCGCCGCUUCACCGAAGGGCGCUUCGCCCAGGUCUCCGACCCGACCGUGGGCGUGGAUUUCUUCUCGCGCCUGGUGGAGAUCGAGCCGGGCAAAAGGAUCAAGCUGCAGAUCUGGGACACCGCCGGCCAGGAGCGGUUCAGAUCCAUCACACGAGCGUACUACAGAAACUCCGUCGGUGGCCUGCUCCUCUUUGACAUUACAAACCGUAGGUCCUUCCAGAAUGUCCAUGAGUGGCUGGAGGAGACCAAAGCCCAUGUCCAGCCUUAUCAGAUUGUCUUUGUUUUAGUGGGUCACAAAUGUGACCUCGACACGCAGCGGCAAGUCACCCGACAUGAGGCCGAGAAAUUGGCCCUCGCCUACGAUAUGAAGUACAUUGAAACCUCGGCCCGGGAUGCCAUUAAUGUGGAGAAGGCCUUCACUGACCUGACUCGAGACAUCUAUGAACUUGUGAAAAGGGGGGAUAUAAGCAUCCAGGAGGGCUGGGAAGGGGUCAAGAGCGGCUUUGUCCCCAACGUCGUGCAUUCUUCGGAAGAGGUGGUGAAGUCAGACAGAAGGUGCCUGUGCUAACUGUGAAGUCCACGCGAGGAGGAAGGAGGCUGACUGACUAGCCCCAACAGGCUCUAUUCUACUCCACAAACUUGGUGGGAAGGCAGAGAAGGUGCAGUUCGGGAGGCAAAGCACCGGCGCUUGGACUGCUGGAGAACAGAAGCCACAAGGAGGCUAUAACCCCAUUACAUACGAAUCAAUCCAGAUGCAUGUUAACGUGGUAGAGACAAGGCAAUGAGAGUCUGGAAAGACUGGGUAGGAAUAGCCACCCUCCGUGGGUUUUAUGUGCCCUGGUUUAAACAGACUUGUCUUUCCUUGCUUUUUUCUGUUCUUUUUUUUCUCUCUUUCUUUGAAGCCAUUGUCCAAAUCGCCUAAUGAUUAUGAUGCGUGUUUAGAAAAGGAGCAAGAAAAAGAGAAAUCAUGGCUUCUAUCAGAAAUCACAUGCUUGCCACCUUUUAAUAAUCAUUUUAUGGUUGCAGUAGAAAUUAAACAAGUUAAAACAUUGCUCAAGCCACUAAAACUGAACCCAGAGAGACGGUUACUUUAUGAGUCCCAGUUCUGAUGUCUCUGUUUCUCGGAAUUUGACAGAUCAGGUUCCAGUAUUAAUCUGGGAGAACUCCACUGUUGAAUUGGCAAGGUCAAUAUUUAUUGGUUAUUUAUUUAUUAGAUGUAUAUCCCACAUUCCUUCAAGAGCCCAAGGCAUUGUGCAUAGUGGUCCCUCCUAUUUUUCUCCAGAAAAGCAGCCCCGCCAAGGGGGCUGGUCUGAGUGGGGGUGACUGGCCCAAAAUCACUCAACGUCAUCCAUGGUUGAGGGGCACUAGAACCCGGGUCUCCCCAGUUCUAGCCCAACA